UAACGUUGAAUGGCUCAUUGAUCAAGUUCAACCAGCCACAAUUUCACAGACAAAAACAAAUCCGCAAUGUCUGAAGUAAAAAGAACCAUAAGAAUAACCACAGAACAACAUAUCCUAAAGGAUGUGCCUCCAGUGGAAAAUUACCCUAUGAGAAAAUGGAAUAUCCAGAUCUCCAUGUUGGACCAAAGCGGUCAGGAAAUAGCCGCAAAUAUAUUAGACAAGGUUACCUACACGUUGCACCCUACUUUCACUAACCCUAUAAGAACAACCAAACAACUGCCCUUUCUAGUGGAAGAACAAGGUUGGGGUGAAUUUGACAUCCCCAUCUCGAUUCACAUUCUCGGUUUGAAUGGAAAGACUGGUGAAAGAAAGUUCAACCAUGAUCUCAACUUCUUACAAGAGAAAUACGUCAACGAUCAUGUAGUCACCAUCCCCGUGAGCAGCACAAAGAAUCAAGUGUUAAACAAGUUGUUGUUGGAAAGUGGCCCAUUGCCCUUUGACGACAAUGUCAACAAACGUAAAUUGGAGACCGGUAAUGGCGCUGCUGAUGCCAACAAGUUCAAGAAGCUGAAGGGCACUAACGGUGCUGCUGUUAAGGGUAGCAUUGAUUUGGAAAAGUUGGCCAAUGGUUUAACUAAGUUAAGUGAGGAUGAUUUGAUUGUCAUAGUGCAGAUGGUUACAGACAACAGAACCAGUGAGAUGAAUAUCAAAAACGACGUCGACAACGGCGAGUUCACUAUGGAUUUGUACACGUUGCCCGAAUCGUUGUUGAAGAGUUUGUGGGAUUACGUCAAGAAGCACACUGGUGAGGCGUAAACAUAAAAACUAUGAACCUGUUAAACAUCACCCUCCAUCCAGAACCAGUUCAAUGCCCUUUCUCACAUCUCAUUUCAUUCUUUCUAUUGUAACAUAUUAUUGUGGUGUAGUCUGCCUAUAGUCUACUAGUAUAAGAGGUCCAGUUUAGUGUAGCUGUUCCAUUAGGAGUUUAGUCUAGUAACGGCUUUACUUAACUAAUCUUAUUAAUUGUGCUAUUCUUGAUACCUAGUCUGAUCUUGUGGUUAUAACUCUUCUGGUUAUACUAUCUUGAUAUAUACUAGCUUUGGAUAGUUAUAGCUAUAGUCUAUCUUGUACUAUAGCAGACUCUGGUACUGGUUGAGGUGUCUACGUUUAUCUCUAUAUAUCUGUAUAACAAAAUUCUUGCAAUGUAUCGAUAUAAUUU